GCCAGGGCAGAAUGCUUGUGAAGUAGCAACUAAAGUGGCAGUGUUUAUCUGAGACCCUCAGGCAGCCAGACUGUCUUGGCAAAUCUUGAUAAAACAGCCCUUAUCCAGCUUUCUGUCUAAGGAAUUCCCAGAAGACUGGAGCAUGGAGAGGCAGCGAAGGUUCGCGUCAGAGAAGGAUGAGUAUCAGUUUCAGCAUCAGGGAGCGGUGGAGCUGCUUGUCUUUAAUUUUUUGCUCAUCCUUACCAUUCUGACAAUCUGGUUAUUUAAAAAUCAUCGGUUCCGCUUCUUGCAUGAAACGGGAGGAGCGAUGGUGUAUGGCCUCAUAAUGGGAUUGAUUUUACGAUAUGCUACAGCACCAACUGAUAUUGAAAGUGGAACGGUCUAUGACUGUGGAAAACUGACCUUCAGUCCUUCAACUCUUCUGGUUAACAUCACCGAGAAAGUUUAUGAAUAUAAAUACAAGAGAGAAAUCAGCCAGCACAACGUCAAUCCUCACCAAGGCAAUGCUAUACUUGAAAAGAUGACAUUUGAUCCAGAAAUAUUCUUCAAUGUUUUGCUGCCACCAAUUAUAUUUCAUGCUGGGUAUAGUCUGAAGAAGAGACACUUUUUUCAAAACCUAGGAUCUAUUUUAACAUACGCCUUCUUGGGAACUGCCAUCUCAUGCAUCGUCAUAGGGUUAAUCGUGUAUGGCUUUGUGAAAGCCAUGAUAUAUGCCGGCCAAUUGAAAAAUGGAGACUUUCAUUUCACUGACUGUUUAUUUUUUGGUUCAUUGAUGUCUGCUACUGAUCCAGUGACGGUGCUGGCCAUCUUCCAUGAACUGCACGUUGACCCGGACCUGUACACACUCUUGUUUGGGGAGAGUGUAUUGAAUGAUGCAGUGGCCAUCGUACUCACCUAUUCCAUAUCCAUUUACAGUCCCAAGGAGAAUCCGAAUACCUUUGACGCUGCGGCUUUCUUCCAGUCUGUGGGAAAUUUCCUGGGGAUCUUCGCCGGCUCAUUUGCCAUGGGGUCUGCAUAUGCUGUUGUCACAGCUCUGUUGACCAAAUUUACCAAACUGUGUGAGUUCCCGAUGCUGGAAACGGGCCUGUUUUUCCUCCUUUCUUGGAGCGCCUUCCUGUCUGCAGAGGCCGCUGGUCUAACAGGGAUAGUCGCUGUUCUCUUCUGCGGAGUCACACAGGCACAUUAUACCUACAACAAUCUGUCAUCGGAUUCCAAGAUGAGGACUAAACAGUUGUUUGAAUUUAUGAACUUUUUGGCUGAGAACGUCAUCUUCUGCUACAUGGGCCUGGCACUGUUCACGUUCCAGAAUCAUAUCUUUAAUGCUCUUUUUAUACUGGGAGCCUUUCUAGCGAUUUUUAUCGCCAGAGCCUGCAACAUAUACCCGCUCUCCUUCCUCCUGAAUCUGGGCCGGAAGCAGAAGAUCCCCUGGAACUUUCAACACAUGAUGAUGUUUUCAGGUUUGCGAGGAGCCAUCGCAUUUGCCUUAGCCAUUCGGAACACAGGAUCUCAGCCCAAGCAAAUGAUGUUCACCACCACCCUGCUCCUGGUGUUCUUCACCGUCUGGGUGUUCGGAGGCGGAACGACCCCCAUGCUGACUUGGCUUCAGAUCCGAGUUGGUGUGGACCUGGAUGAAAACCUGAAGGAGGAACCCCCCUCGCACCAGGAAGCAAAUAGCUUGGAUAAAAGCACAACCAAAGCAGAGAGCGCCCGGCUCUUCAGGAUGUGGUAUGGCUUUGACCACAAAUAUCUGAAACCAAUUUUAACCCACGCGGGCCCUCCGCUGACCACAACGCUACCUGAGUGGUGCGGCCCAAUUUCCAGGCUGCUCACCAGUCCUCAGGCCUAUGGGGAACAACUGAAAGAGGAUGACGUGGAAUGCAUUGUCAACCAGGAUGAGCUCGCCAUGAAUUACCAGGAGCAAGGCUCCUCGCCAUGCAGCCCCCCUGCCAGGCUGGGUCUGGACCAGAAAGCUUCACCCCAGACUCCAAGCAAGGAGAACAUUUAUGAGGGAGACCUUGGCCUAGGAAGCUAUGAACUCAAGCUUGAACAGACUCUGGGUCAAUCCCAGAUGAAUUAAUUGGCAUGGAGCGCGCAGAUGUCAUCACAAGCAAUGCAAAGCCCACUGAGGAAUGAAAGCCAAGCUGACAACACAGUGCAAGGGAGACGCUGAAAAAUGUGUUAAGAACAUCAAUUGGAGAGACUUGAACCCUUGUCAAAUGUAUCCUCUCGUGUCUGUGGAAAUGAGAAUGUAUUGUCAUCCCUCUAUAGUACGCAACUGAAUUUAAUUGUUUGACAGCAGCCAUUUGUAUUACUGUAA